UCCAGAACAGUGGAUCUGUUAGGAGGCAGACCGCGGCCUGGUCCAUGGAACUGUCCACUCUUGUGCAGCUCUGCAUCAGCUAAUUACACCAAUCUGAGGGGGUACACACGUACUGCCUCCAUGCAGUAGAUUAUUGGAGGCCAGCCCUUAGGGCGGGGUACGUAGUACGUACUAGUACCACUUACUUUAAAAGCUGCCGCAGAUCAAAGGGUGUGGGAUAUGCUCUGCAUGGUUAAUUAAAUAGACCGCAGUGACACUGAUGUGCUGCGCACAGUGAAGGUGCAGGGCACAUAGAUCUGCUGGAUCAUCCUAUCCCACAGUGGUAAAUUGCACCCGCCUUUAUCCCUGACUGACUGGUAUGUAUGCGUGGCUGCAUGGACGCAGUCCACAUAUUAAUGUUGACAUGACUAGCUGGGGGGCCUCUGCUAAGUAGAUCCAGAUUAAGCAAUAAUACGCUUUAGAAGUAGCACGGAUAAUAUAAGCAGAUUAUGAGAGUUGGUUAAAUUGAUUAGCAGCACCAAGCUGUGAGGAAUUUGGAAGCAUUUUCAGUUGACCAAUCAUUUCCUACUGAUGAAGAUGAAGAUGCAGAUCUGAUCGAUGGUUCGCUAUGUGUCGCAUUCGAUACAACUCUUUUCUGUUGCCAAGUUCACCAUGGUAUUGUGUAGUUUAUCCUAUAAUAAUCCCGGUUUCUUCACAGUUUCUGUUUCUACAUAAAGCAUACUGCUUCAAGAUUUUGCUACCUUGAAUCCUUGAUCAUGGCACUAUUACUGGUACAGUUCAGCAAUCUAUGAGUAGAGGUACCUAUCCUGGAUUCCUGGGUACCAAGGUGGGCCAAAAGCUUAAGGGAAUCAUACAAUAAUACUAGUAGUAUUUGGUUGAGGCCGUAAGGACCAGGCAACGAUCAGAACUAUUUGGACCAACAAUUUUUGAUUGGGUCUUGUUAAAGAACAUGUUGCUUCCCCAAUCAUCUUAUGCUUAGUACACUAGAAUCAUUGAACCAAAUGUGAUUUCAUUUCCUGAAAGAUUGCUACUACUCUGGAUGCACCACCAAAUUGGAUGACAGACUCAAUAAAUGGGUCACAGGUUUCCUGCCUUUUUCGUAGGAGCCUUGAUAUCAUGCCAGAAGAUGUGGAGGCGUUGAAUGAGCAGCAGCAGAAGGAAAGAAGGAGAGAAAAGGGAAGACGCCAUCCAUCGAGGUAGAGAGUACCGGGGAGAAUGAGAAUCUGUAGCACGGCACUAGCAGGCUACCACCAACGAACAAGGCCAAGGUCUCAUCUGUGAAAGAUUAAGGUUACUUUGCAGGGAGAUGAGGCCCAUCCCGAGACACGACAGAUGGACGGAUGGAUGGAGAGCUAGCCAGGCGCACUGCAUGGAUUACUGUGACCUAAAAAACUACGUAUUUGAGGACGUUUCUCUCUUGUCUGCACCCAACCUAAUUAUCUAUCCUGUGACCUUAUUGCACCAUUCGAUUACAACAGCCUGCAGAUUAAACCACGCCACCGGCUCCCAGUAAUCUAAUGCUUGCCGCAUGUGAAGAUGGAUCAUUACACUUACAUUUGUCUCUGGGCAAAUUGGAAGGACGGCGCAUAUCCAUUAGAUUAAAUUGCAACAAGGUAGUACCUACCCACCGAUUAAACGGCCUCUUCAGCUCCUAGCUAGCUACUGAUCAUGCGUGUGUCUUGUAGCCUUGUAGAAGAGCAAGGCUCCACGUGGAUGUCCAAGUAAACAAAAUAGGUUUAGCAGCACACCACCGGAUUGAUUAGGCAAAAUCAUUACUAUAUAUCUGCACAAAUUGCACUCUGCCAUCCAUGGCAUCUUCCUUCCUUUCUUCGCUCCUGAAAAAUAGAUCGUGAACAGCUAGUCUGUCUGCUCACUAGGCAACCUAGCUACUCUGAUAAUUCUUUUGAUUACUCCCGUACUUAUAUGCUGCUAGCUUUGUUAAUUAUAUGCCAAUAUGUAUGCAACCCUCCUCUGAACAAAAGCCCAUACACACCUCCUUCCUUCAGUCUCUCUAAUUAAGUAGAGCUAGUAGUAGCCCAGAGCCCCAGACCCAGUGGGCGGCGGAGCACCAUAGCCAGAUAGGCAGAUACCUUCCAGCCUCUGCGUCUUGUACAUCCUGUUCGAUUUCUUCUCCUUGAGAUCAAACUAAAACCAGCCAUGGUCAAGAAGCUUGGCCUCACGUCCCUCAUCUUCAGCAGCAAGCAGGUAGACUGUGCUGCUAGUACCAGUGGCGCUGCACCUUCCUCCAUGGCCUCGUCCUCCUCCAUGUCUGCCACCUCGUGGCAAUGGCCGUCCUGCAAGCAGCCAAGGACCCUCUCCUUCAGGCAGCAUCAGCAGCAAGAGCAGCACCAGGCGGCGUACAAGACCAUGAACUCUGCCUACUUGCCAGACUCGGGCGCCGACUCAUGCUUCUCCAACUCAUUCGCAUCGGUCGACGACAGCCUCUCCACGGCGUCUGAGGCUGCCUCCGGGCUCGUUGAGGCCAACGAGCGAGAGACGGUCAUCCGUGCCCUGCGCUCCGGCCGCCUCUUCUUCGAGCCCCACGCAACGCCGGCCACCUCCUCCUCCAUUCUAGAUGAGGCCAAGCUGAAGCUGAAGGUGAAGGACAUCGAGACUAUCAUCUGCAGUGGCAGCAGGAAGGUUGGCAAGGCGGCGGCGUUCGAGGGAGCGACGGCGAUGACCAUGGACUCGUCGAAUCCGUACCGUGACUUCCGGGCGUCCAUGGAGGAGAUGGUGAUGAGCCAUGGCGUCAAGGACUGGUGCUGGAUGGAGAAGAUGCUGGGGUGGUACCUCAGGGCCAACGGCAAGAGCACCCACGGCCUCAUCGUCGGUGCCUUCGUCGACCUGCUCGUCGCGCUCAGCGACACCGCCUCGCCGUCCUCCCCGACCACCGCCAGCACCAACCGCUCCUCUUCCUUCAGCGGGACCGAUGAGAUCAAGGAGGAAGAAGGAUGAACGGAGCUGGUAUAUAUGAUUAUGUUUAGUUCUCGAUCGUCCCUUGCUGCCAUGAUUCGCGUCAAGUGCUGUUAAUUCCCAGCCGGAUGCAGUGCAGCUUGAUCAAGCGUGAGGUUAGCAGUAUUGAUUCCAUUUGUCUUUUGCCAAUCUACUGGCUAGCUAUUGUGUGAUUGCCUGUCAGUUAACUCCUCGUGCGUGCGUGCACGCACGCACGCCUACCUAACUGAUUGUUUGCUAGCUAGGUGAGUACUAUAUUUGAAUUUGUGUGCACAGCCCGGAUAUUACGUAUGAGCAAAUCAAAUGAAAUGUAAAAAAGACUAUAAAUAUA